AUGGAAGGUGGUGACAGUGCAGUGCCAACGAACGCCAGCGAUAGAAAAGUGGCGCUGAUAACAGGCAUUACGGGUCAAGAUGGAUCAUAUCUAGCUGAGUUCCUACUCGAUAAGGGGUAUGAAGUGCAUGGCAUCAUCAGGCGGGCUAGCACGUUCAACACGUCUCGAAUCGAACACCUGUAUGCUGAUCCCCGAACUCACAGAGAGGGCAAGAUGAAGCUACAUUACGGUGACAUGACCGACAGCAGUGCCCUGGUGAAGAUCAUAGCCCAAGUGCGCCCGUCCGAAGUUUACAACCUGGCCGCGCAAAGCCACGUCAAGAUUUCGUUUGACCUGAGCGAAUACACGGCUGAGGUAGACGCGGUGGGCACGCUACGACUUCUAGAUGCCAUCCGCACGGUGGGGCAGGAAAAAUCUGUCCGCUUCUACCAGGCCUCGACAUCCGAGCUGUACGGUAAGGUGGCUGAAACGCCACAAAACGAAAAGACACCGUUCUAUCCGCGUUCGCCAUAUGCUUGCGCGAAGAUGUACGGAUACUGGAUCGUGAUAAACUACCGCGAGGCCUACGAUAUGUUCGCCUGCAACGGGAUUCUAUUCAACCACGAGUCACCGCGCCGGGGAGAGAAUUUUGUGACACGAAAGAUCACUCGUUCGGUGGCGAAAAUCUCACUCGGCCAGCUGGAAUGCCUUGAAUUAGGUAAUCUCGACUCAAAGCGAGACUGGGGCCACGCCAAAGACUACGUGGAAGCCAUGUGGCUGAUGAUGCAGCAGGAGAAGCCGGAGGAUUUCGUUAUCGCCACCGGAGAGACACAUUCGGUGCGCGAAUUCGUCGAAAAGUCGUUCCAGUACAUUGGACGCGAGAUAGAGUGGCGAGGAACCGGUGUGGACGAGGUCGGCGUAGAGAAGGGCACUGACACGGUUCGGGUCCGCAUUAAUCCAAAGUUUUUCCGACCGACGGAGGUUGACCUGUUGCUGGGAGACGCAUCCAAAGCCAAGGCUCAGCUCGGUUGGACACCGAAGGUUACAUUCCUAGAACUGAUCGCUGACAUGAUGACGGCGGACAUUCAGCUGAUGAAAAAUAACCCUUCCGCGUAGGACGGGAGUCGAAAUGUGGAAACGACAGAAAACAACUCUCACUAUCAUUUGUUCCAUACGUAUAUUCGAUGGUCAGUAUUUAGUUCCGUGCCAGACGGACCGAUGCGUCUGCAAAGACGCAAAUGGGUGGUAAAUAAUGGAUUAAUAAGUAACAGUUUCGUACUAUGAUGCAAUAUAUAUUUUUUUGUUUUGGGAAGUCUAGGCCAAAUUGAACAAAAUUGCAUGGAAGCAAACAUGCAUAAAAAUUCGAACAAACAAAGCAUACAAAGCGCUUGCGAAUAUUCCAUGGCGAUAUUUUAAAAUAGGCGAUAUUUUAUGAUUUUCUUUACUCCACGUACUUUCUUCUUAACGUAUAACAAACUAUGCAGAUAGAUUAAAGUACUACGUUCCGUUGCUAAAGGGUGUCAUA